AUGAUACCAACACAAACACCCCCAAGACAACAAAUGAUGAAUCAUAAUCAUCAACCACAACAAAUACAACAACCACAACAAAUACAACCACAUCAACCACAACAACAACAACCACAUCAAUUUAGACCAUUGGAUGAAAAUGCAGAAAUUCCAUUUUUACAAAUUGUAACACCAAAUCAAAUGAUUAAAUUACCACCAAUGUUUCAAGAACAAUAUAAACAAUUAUUAAAUAGAUGGUCAAAUCAAUGUAUUAAAAAAUCUGGAUUAUUAUAUACUCAAGCAGUACCAUAUAAUCAAGUUUUGGUAUUAUUAGAAAUUGCUAAAAAUGGUGAUAUUCAAGAAUAUAGAGAUUUCAUUCAAGUAAUUAUUGAGUCAAAUCAAAAUAAAGAUGGUGAUGAAAAUGAAGAAUCAAUUCAACAACAACAACAACAACAACAAUUAACAUUAAAAUCAAUAAUAAAUUUAAUAGAUUUAGAAGGUAAUACAUCAAUUCAUUAUGCAAUUAUGAGAAAGAAUAAAGCAAUGGUUAGUUAUUUAAUUGAUUGUGGUGCAAAUUUAGAUAUUCAAAAUUUAGAGGAAGGUCAUACACCAUUACAUUGGGCAUGUAUUAAAGCAGAUUCAUCAUUUGUGUUACAAUUGGUUGAAAAUGGUGCAGAUAUUCAUUUGACUGAUAAGAGGGGUUACAAUGCAUUACUUCAUGCUGCACAAUAUAAUGAAGUGAAUUCAGUGCGUUAUUUAAUUGAGAAAGGAUUGGACCCAGUGCAAUGCAAAGACAUUCAAUUACAUACUGCAGUGCAUUGGACCUCGUUUCAAGGUCAUGCAAAUAUGGCACGUUAUUUCAUAAGUUUAGGCGUUGACCCAAAUGCACAAGACAUUCAAGGCAGAACGGCAUUCCAUUGGGGUUGUAUCAAAGGUCACAAACAAGUGGUCAGCAUGUUAUGUUCAUUCGAAGGUCAAGAUAGUAUAGAUAAAACCAUUCGUGAUAAUGAUGGUAAGACAGCCUACCAAUUGGCAGAAUCAAAGGAACAUUAUGAAAUCAUCGAUUAUUUAGACACAAAGCUUAAAGAUGAUAAAUUAUUUGGCGGCAAUGAGAGACUCUAUCAUAGAUUUUGGACAGUGAUGGGUGUGUUGACAGUAUUGGUGCCAACCUGGAUUCUAUGCUAUGUGCCAGUGAUAUUUGGGUUACCAUUGUUGGCUGUCGGUGGCUACUUUUUAAAGAAUUAUUUACACUUAAAUUAUUGGGUACCAGAGAGAAACAAUUGGUUAUUACCCUCGAUUUUAUAUUCUUCAGUAUCUAUUUGGUAUUUGAUUUAUUUACUUAGAAUUGCACCAUUGGUAAUGGCAAUUAACAUUUUCCCAAAUUUAAUAAUUAAUGCAACCUCGUGGUACUUUUUCUACUUUUUCAUUCGUUUAACAAAGGAAGAUCCAGGCACAAUUUCUAAACAUAUCUCUAAAGAGAAAUCAAAUGAAAACUUUAUGAAUGCUCUCUCAAGUGGUCGUCAAAUCCCUUUGAUUUGUCCAACCUGUUUAAUUAAUCGUCCAAUUCGUUCAAAACAUUGUCCAUCUUGUAAAGGUUGUUUUGCACGUUUUGAUCAUCAUUGUGUUUGGAUUAAUAAAUGUAUUGGUAUCAAUAACCAAGCUUUAUUCAUCACUGUACUCUUCUCAUAUGUUAUCUUGGUAAUUUCUGGUUUCAUUGUAACUUGGGAUUACUUUAAAUCUGAUUCAAAUGCUCCAAUACUAUCUGAAAGUUAUAUUCAAUCAUUUUUAUUCUACUAUACCAAUUACCCCUUUAUUUUAUUAUUCUCAAUCUAUGGUAUUGGUAUGGCUAUUUGGAUUGGUAAAUUAGCAAUCUCACAAGUUUUAACAAUUUUAUUCAAUAAAACUACUUAUGAACAAAUUCAACAAAUUAGAGAAUUUGAAAGUAGACAAGGUCAUGGUCAUAGUCACGGUGGUGAUCAACAAUGUAAUCAUAGUCAUGGUAGUGGUGGUGGUGAUCAUGGUCAUAGCCAUGGUGGUAGUUCUGGUAGUGGUAGUGGUAGUGGUAGUGGUGAUCAUGGUCAUAGUCAUGGUGGUCAACCUUCACUUCCAUCUUCAAGUGGUGGAAGUAAAAAAGAUUCUGAUAAAUCAUUCCAUAAUCAACAAACUAAUUUUGAUAUGUAUCAUCGUGGUGUUGUAAAUAAUGUUAAAGAAUUUUUAUUCGAUUCUCAAAAAUUCUAUUUCCAAACUGAAAAUAUUUAUGCUGAUUCAAGAGUUUAG